AUGUACCAGCUACCACCCAUUGAACAGUUUAGACUGCUGCCGCCAGAGGAACAGAAGGUGGUAAUUGACCACCUAUUUGAACCAUGUGACUCCCUCAAUUGGUUUAUUCAAUCUUGUGUCAUUAAAAAAAAUUACGAAAGCUACGCUGAGUUCAUCAAUUUAGUUCGUAAUGAACUUGAGAUUCUUGUUUAUCGCAAUGGAUUCUUCGCCGUGAGGAAUGGAUUUGAAGCAAACACUUUAAUCAACGAAAUCAUUUCAGCACAUCCACGAUUAGGAGCGCCCAAGCACACGAAAUUGAGUCAACAUUCAGCUGAGGAGCAAAAAAAACUCGGCGGUGAACAAAUGCAAAAGAGAUUAGCUGAGCUUAAUGAAGAGUAUGAAAAGACUUUUCCUGGGUUGAGAUAUGUGGUGUUUGUCAAUGGCAGAAGUCGAGAUGAAAUUAUUGCCAACAUGGAGAAAAGAAUCAAGCGUAAUGACAUCGAAUUGGAGAAAAAGGAAGCGUUUGAGGCAAUGUGUGAUAUUGCAUUAGAUAGAGCAGCCAAGAUGGACGUAUUUAAGUUGUAA